GCUCGGAGGCGUGGCUGAGUCAUAGAAUCUCAGGGUUGGAAGGGACCUCAGGAGGUCAUCUAGUCCAACCCCCUGCUCAAAGCAGGGCCAAUUCCCGGACAGAUUUUUGCCCCAAAAAGUGUUUCUCACAGCCUGCAAAGCUGCCAGGUGCUGCAGUUUUUGACUGGAGCCUGGAAGAGCAGGAGGGAGGGAAAGGGAAGGGAGGACUUUUCAGGAGCAUGAGGUGUGUGCAUCCUGCCAUCUAGGGUUGCCAGUUUUUGUUGGCCCUAUUCCUGAAGCUUUCAUCACAUGACAAUCUUUAAUUAAAGAUUCAUCUAAUUCCUUGAGAUUCCAGGACAAUUCCUGGAAGGUUGGCAAUCCUAGUGCCAUCCCAGGCAGCAGGAGCAGUGCGGGGAAGGGCAGCCCAUCACCUAUGGUUUGGAUUGUAUCUCCUGUGAAACCUGCAAUUGUUUUCAGAUACACAUCCACCUCCUGCAGGCAAACUAAACGUGCUUGGACAAGAUCAGCUCAUGGAUGAAGAACAGGUGGUUGAAGCUGAAUCUGAGCUUCCUUCAACCAAGGGAAACUGAACUGUAGCAGCAAAUUCUUCCAAGUGCUGUCUUCUGCCCAAAAGUGUGGGGAAGCACAUACUUUUAGAAAUGCAUGACAUUUUAUCUGGGAAGCAGAUAUGAUGAUGGCCCUGAAAGCUAAGCUCCUGUUUAGCUUCCUCUGCCACAUGGCCUGUACCCUUGUGUAUGGCUACCCCACCGAUCCUGGGACUGAGUUCCGCUCUGCUUUCUCUGUGGCUAGAACCAGCAGCAUGGAAGGGAGCGUUGAGAUGGUCAUCACCUUUGACAAGGUCUAUGUGAACAUUGGCAGUGACUUUGAUCCCAAGGCUGGGUUGUUUAGGUGUCGGAUCCCUGGAGCCUAUUACUUCUCCUUCACGGUUGGGAAAUACCCCAAGAAAAACUUGUCUGUCAUGCUGAUGAGAAACAAGAAUGAGGUGCAAGUGAUUGUGUAUGAUGAGCAUCACCGUAAGGAGCGGAAGGUGGCUAGCCAGAGUGCCAUGCUGCAGCUGGACUAUGGAGAUACAGUCUGGCUGCGUUUACAUGGGGAUCCUAAGUAUGCCCUCUACAGCAAUGCGGGCCCAUACACAACUUUCAAUGGGUAUCUUAUCUAUCCAGAUACUUCUGCCUACUUCCAAAAUGGUGUGAUCUCUCAGGAGCUGGGGGGAGCUGCAGGGCUGCCCCAUCCAGCUAUUCAUCAACUUUCAGGAGAGCAGAAUGAAGCCUCAGAGGGACACAUGUUGUCCGAUCAGCCCGCCAGAGAACGAGAUCCUCGCUCUGCAUUUUCUGUUGCUCGCUCACAAAGCCUCCUGGGAACAGAUGAGAAGCAAAACCAGCAUGAGCCAAUCACAUUUGACAUAGAGUUUGUGAACAUUGGAAAGGAUUUCAAUUCCUCAAGUGGCAUCUUCUUGUGCCGCGUGCCAGGCGCAUAUUACUUCUCCUUCACCAUUGGCAAAAUGCCUUUUAAGACCAUGUCAGUGAAACUUAUGAAAAACCAUAAUGAGGUCCAGGCCAUGAUCUAUGAUGACAACCACUCCAAGAGGCGGGAGAUGCAGAGCCAGAGCAUUAUGUUACCUCUGCACUACGGAGACACUGUCUGGCUCUACAGCCACCAGCAUGAUGGCUACGGUGCCUACAGCAACCAUGGCAAGUACAUCACCUUCACAGGAUUCCUUAUCUAUCCGGAGGCUCAGCCAAAGCCACCCCCAAGUCCCAGUUCCCCCAUGAGGUCAAAAAUCUAAAUGCAGGUGUGAAAGGAACGUAAGAGAAGCCAAGAUGCAGUGGACUUGGGUGCAGGUCCUGGUUGGACGUCACCCGCUACGUGACAAUGUUAAAGAGCAUGCUAAUGUGUGUCCAGUGCUUUCCUUAUGCUGCACGCUCAAUAUCCUGGCUGCAGGGCCAUUGCUGUUUCUGUCUUUUAUCUGUAGAAUGAUCUUUGCAGGGGGUAGUGUGAGUCCAGUGUUACUGUUCAAUUUAAGCAUAAAGCAUGAGGUAGUUUGGUGGCAGGGGCAGUGAAAUGAGGUGUUGUGAUUCAGGGGGACGCUGCAGAAAUGCUGGGAGACCUACUGAAGACAACCCCACCAAAAAGCACAGCAUCUGGUGACAUUCCUGGCACAUCCAAGGGAGGCCUGGGGGAGGGAAAAUGUAAUUGAAAUGAAUUUAAUAAAAGUAAAAAAUAAAAUGUGCAGGGUUUGCGGAGACUUGUGUGUAUAGAACUGCCUGCAACACUGAUUCUGGGCAGGAGAGAGGCUCUGAUAUUGUGUGAACUAUUGCAUGUGUUUGUGUUGUGAAGACUGUUAAACAGAGUUAGAUUGUAUGUCACUGUGCCAGAGUGUAUGUAUUUUGUGGGAGGUCAGGGAAUUGCGGGAGGAGGUAUCCAGUGUUGCCAACUCUUAUGAUUUUAUUGCGAAUCCCGUGAUACGGUAUCUGGUGUUUUGCUUAAAGCCUCAGCUGCUGAAAUCCACAGAUUGUGUCCGUCUGUCUGUGAAUCUCAGCUUUCAUAACAAAACUCCCCACUAAGUUUCUAGCUCUUGUGGUUAUGGAGAAAAGUUUGAAAACAUGAAUCAAGGAUACCCUAAAGGCUCCUAAACAAGAAGGCAAAUAAAAAUAACCCAAAAUGUGUGUUAUUUUUAAAAAUCUCCUGAUUUUUGGGGUGCCUGGCUCAUGAUUUUUAAACAUUUGGGGAUGGCAAUGGUCUGAAUGUGUAUGGUGAUUCUGCCUGUAUUGAACUCUACUAUUGCCAAGAAAUGGGCACUCUUAACGUUA